GCCGAGGUCGGGGAAGGUAGGUGGUGUGAGACGUUUAUUUAGUUCAGUUUUCCUGUCGAUGUCAACAUUCAGGUCAGUGCCGAGGUCGGGGAAGGUAGGUGGUGUGAGACGUUUAUUUAGUUCAGUUUUCCUGUCGAUGUCAACAUUCAGGUCAGUGCCGAGGUCGGGGGAGGUAGGUGGUGUGAGACGUUUAUUUAGUUCAGUUUUCCUGUCGAUGUCAACAUUCAGGUCAGUGCCGAGGUCGGGGAAGGUAGGUGGUGUGAGACGUUUAUUUAGUUCAGUUUUCCUGUCGAUGUCAACAUUCAGGUCAGUGCAGGGGGUGGGGGAGGUAGGUGGUGUGAGACGUUUAUUUAGUUCAGUUUUCCUGUCGAUGUCAACAUUCAGGUCAGUGCCGAGGUCGGGGAAGGUAGGUGGUGUGAGACGUUUAUUUAGUUCAGUUUUCCUGUCGAUGUCAACAUUCAGGUCAGUGCCGAGGUCGGGGAAGGUAGGUGGUGUGAGACGUUUAUUUAGUUCAGUUUUCCUGUCGAUGUCAACAUUCAGGUCAGUGCCGAGGUCGGGGAAGGUAGGUGGUGUGAGACGUUUAUUUAGUUCAGUUUUCCUGUCGAUGUCAACAUUCAGGUCAGUGCCGAGGUCGGGGAAGGUAGGUGGUGUGAGACGUUUAUUUAGUUCAGUUUUCCUGUCGAUGUCAACAUUCAGGUCAGUGCCGAGGUCGGGGAAGGUAGGUGGUGUGAGACGUUUAUUUAGUUUAUUUCUCCUGUCGAUGUCAACAUUCAGGUCAGUGAGUGCUGGGGUCGGGGAAGGUAGGUGGUGUAAUGUAAGACGUUUAUUUAGUUCAGUUUUCCUGUCGAUGUCAACAUUCAGGUCAGUGAGUGCUGGGGUCGGGGAAGGUAGGUGGUGUAAUCUAAGACAUUUAUUUAGUUUAUUUCUCCUGUCGAUGUCAACAUUCAGGUCAGUGAGUGCUGGGGUCGGGGAAGGUAGGUGGUGUAAGACAUUUAUUUAGUUUAUUUCUCCUGUCGAUGUCAACAUUCAGGUCAGUGGAUCGGGGCCGGGGAAGGUACCGGGAUGGGAAGUCUCGAAGCCUAACGCAUUGUGUCUGGACCUCGAGUGGGAAGUUGUGGUUAGGGUGGAAAGUUGGAAAUGUAUUGAUCAAGUGGUCACCGCCUGUGAGCAAUGCUGAGCUUCUUUUAAUGGGUUUCCGUUUAUACAAGUCACUAAAUCGUUAA